UUUGUUUUGUUUUGCCACCGUAUACCGACCGAAUGGACGGACAUCCGGAAUUUUAGUGGCUUAUUAUUAAAUCGGGUUUAAGGAAAAAUUCGGUGCAAACCCAACCAUGGAAAUCGUGGCACGGCCAGUCCCGCACUGUUUAACUUGUUUCGGCGAUGCCGAAAAUUGUGGUUUUUUCACCACUGAUGAGGGACCGGUCGCCGCUAUCGUCAAACAGCAUUUUUGGUUUACGGAUCCCGAGCUAAGGGAUGCACGCAUAUGCGAACAGUGCUGGAGCAGUAUUGAUUUGUUUCACAAAUUUUAUGCUUCAGUGGAGAAGCUUUACGAGGAUAGGUUGCUUGGAUCGGAAUGCUCGCUGAAGCAGGAAGAGGGGGAAAUGUUACCGGAAUUGCUGUUGAUUGAAGUCGCGAAUGAACUGGCGGACAUUAAAGAAGAACUAGAUAGCGCUGAUGAGGCAAAGGUAGAGAUUGAAAAGACGACGACGGCGACGGCGACGACACAAGAGGAAGUGUUGGAUGAAGCGACGGCAGACAGCUUUAAGGAGGAGCUGGACUAUGAGUCGGAGGAAGAGACGGAGUCGGAGUCUGAUGGCCUUGGCCUUGGUCGGCCCCGCCUAAAGCGGGGUGAUGGUUACCCGGAUGAGUAUAUCAGGAAGCAUAUCACACUGUCGUGUGAACAUUGUGAAGCAACGGAUCUCACCUUCAAGCAGUUGUUUACUCAUGUUGAAAAAGUGCACGGGAUCAAGAUAAAUUCGGUUACUUGUUGUGGAACGAAAUAUCACACGCGAAUUCGGUUGUUCGAACAUGUGCAGUAUGUGUUCGAUCCGGAGGCAUUUAAGUGCAAGCAGUGCGGUUAUGUGUGUAAUAAUGGGUUGAGUUAUAAGCGACAUCUUCGGGUGCAACACGGGGAGGGUGUUCCGGUACGGCCGUACAAUAAUGCCAAUCGGUUGCUGAAGCUGAAGACGGGGGUGUUCGCCAAGUCGGAGGAACAGCUGAAGAAGGAGGCGGAAGUGGAGGAACGGCGCCAGAAGCGCCAGCGGGAGGAUAAGCUGAUGCUGGAACAUGUGAAGUUCGAGUGCGUCCCGUGCGGGGUGAGUGUCGGGUCGUUUGCGGAACUGUUCGGUCACUUUCGGGAGGAGCAUAAGCGUAAACCGGUUGUCACCUGCUGUGGUAAUCGGUUCAAUUCGAGGCAGCGGCUGCUGCAGCACGUGCAGUCGCUGAAAAAUCCGAUCGCCUUCCGGUGUGAGAUGUGUUUCCGUUGCUUCCGGAACGAGUACGCUAAGAAUAAGCACAAGUUCGAGAUGCACCCGACCGAGGAGGACCUGAAGUACAAGUGCGAUCGCUGCCCGAAGGUGUUUGUGCGUGAGUUGAAGUACAAGAAGCACAUGCAGGAUCACGAGGAUUGCGAUGCCGAGCGGAUUAAGUGCGAGGAUUGCGGGAAAAUGUUCAAAAGCCACCACAUCCUGUACAUGCACGUUCGCAAGAAACACCGGGAGCCGCAGUUCGUGUGCGACAUCUGUGCCAAGGCUUUCCACCUGCAGUCCGAGUUUAAGCGGCACAAAAUCGAGCACGAAAAUCCAGAUCAGCUUAAAAUGCAGUGUCAACACUGUCUACGAUGGUUCAAGAACCGCGAAUACUGGCGGGCGCACGUCCGAAUGCACGUGGUCGGUGAAGUGAAGUGUGAGCAAUGCGGUCGCAUGUCGCCGAAUCUUCGCGCCCACCGGGCGCACGUUAAGAAUACGCACGGUGUAAGGAACAAAAAGUGCACUUGGUGCGGCAAGUGCUUUAACAAAGAUAUCAACCUACGGGAACACGUGGCAUCGCGGCAUACCGGCGAUAUGCUGUACACCUGCAGCUUCUGUCCGAAAACGUUCAACUCAAAUGCCAACAUGCACUCGCACCGGAAAAAGAUGCACCCGGUGGAGUGGCUUGCGAUGCGCGAAAGCGCCGCCGAAGCACAGAUGCCGGCGGGGGCGGUGGCGAUGGUCGGCUACUCCGCGACGGGAGGCAACCCAGAGUGA